CUUGCACCUUGAAACGGAUAGCCGUAAAGCGGGGUCGAGCAUGGACACGCUGGUCGACCUCGUCGAGAGGAUAUGGGCAACCGUUCUCGCAGUCUGCUGCUACCUCCCGCCGGAAGAGCUCCCGAUGCUGGACGAGACGCCCCUCGCCCGGCGACUGGACUGUCCGCGCCUCAUCAUGAUGGUCGAUGACCACCCGCUCCGCGUCAACACGGGUGAUGGCGUCACGGGCGUAGACCACGUCCGGUCGGUGCUCGAGAGCCUGCACAUGGGCGUCGGCGCCGACGAAGUGGCCGUGACCCGCGACGGCGACCAAUGGCUCGCCACCGUGCGAGCGACGCUCGGUGCGCUUCUGGCCCAGGGCGGCGAUGCCUCUGGUCACCGCGCCGUCUGCGAACGUGUGUACACGUCGCUUCGACGCCGCCUCAAGGCCCGCGACAUUGCGCUCCGCGGCCUCUGGCGCGUCUGGCUCGAGAAGGAGUUCCGUUGCCUCUUCGCGGGCCUUCGCCUCAAGCAUGCAAGCGCCAAGAAGUGCUUGGUGCUCGACCUCGACCGGACGUUGUGGUUUCGCUCGUUCGAGCCGAUCCCGAACGUCGACUUCGUCGCGGUCUUGCGCAUGACGUACUCGAAGCUACAAACCACGAUCUACGUCUCGCUCCGGCCAGGCGUUCACUACUUGCUCCAGACGCUCGCCGUCUACUACGACCUCGUUGUCUUUACGGCGAGCGAGAAGAAGUUUACGGACCUUCUCAUUGACGAGAUGGACACAAAAGGCAACAUUCAGUACCGCCUGUACCGAGACGCGUGCUCGCUGCACGAAGAGCGCGGCCACUUGAUCAAAGACCUCACGCAGCUCGGCCGUGACAUGAAGGACGUCAUCCUCAUCGACGACACAGCCGAAGUCGCCGCCAAGCACCCCGCCAACGCUCUCAUUUGCUCCGAGUAUCGCGGGAGCAAGACGGACAUUGAGCUCUACAAGAUCACAAUGGCGCUCGAGCGACUCGCUUACGUCGAGGAUGUGCGCAGCCAUUUGAAGCAUUUACCGUCCAUUCUGCGGACCAUGGACGUUGCCAACCCCGUGGCCUAAUAGUACGACCGUCGGAACGAAAGACGAUCAUCUCAUUACGAUGC